AAAAACAUUUCCAACAACCAAUCAGAUUGGUCCAUUUACUAACGGAAGCUGCGUUGUUUACGUCUUCCAAGAUGGCGGCGGGGAUGUAUUUGGAGCAUUAUUUGGACAGCAUAGAAAACCUUCCCUUUGAGUUGCAGAGGAACUUCAAUCUGAUGAGAGAUCUUGAUCAACGCACAGAGGAUCUUAAAGGACAGAUCGACUCUCUGGCUAAAGAAUACACAUCCAAUGCCCGGACUCUUUCCUCUGAGCAGAAGUUGUCCAUCCUGAGGCAGAUUCAGCAGUCCUACAGCAAAUGCAAAGAGUUUGGUGAUGAUAAGGUGCAGCUGGCUAUGCAGACCUAUGAAAUGGUCGACAAACACAUCAGACGUCUCGACACGGACCUGGCUCGAUUCGAGGCUGACCUGAAGGAAAAGCAGAUCGAGAGCACCGACUAUGAUUCCACCUCUAGUAAGGGAAAGAAAGGAGAUUCCAGACAAAAAGAAAAGAAAGCUGCUAAAGCAAGAUCUAAGGUGAAGAGUUCAGAUGAAGAUGGAAGUCCAAAGAGUGCACAAAAGAAAGUCAAACUCCUUCAACAAGGAGAAUUUAACACCCCUGCCACCAACUUCGGUAACGUGCACCCCUCUGAUGUCUUGGACAUGCCUGUGGACCCCAACGAACCCACCUACUGUUUGUGUCAUCAGGUGUCUUACGGCGAAAUGAUCGGAUGCGACAAUACUGAUUGCUCUAUUGAAUGGUUCCACUUCGCCUGCGUUGGCCUGACAACCAAACCACGAGGCAAAUGGUACUGCCCACGGUGCUCUCAGGACAGGAAGAGAAAGUGAAACACGUGUUACUCUGGAACAAAACAUGGAGCAGAACAUUUCAUCACCUAUUAGUAGAUAAUUUUUUUUAUCUUUACAUUUGGUGCUUUAUUCUUUGGUUUACAUCCUUAUCUUGGUCUGAAACGGUGUGGGACAGAGCCAGAUGGUUACAAGUGUAUUUGAAGUUUGUUCUUUAAAGUCAUUUAGGGUUUUUAAGUUACAACUGGUGCUUUUAUUGUGACUUAUUUUGUACAUUUUCUCACAUGAAUUAUAAUAAACACUACAACAGCUCUC